AUGGUUGGAGCCGGCAAGAUCACCGCUUCUAAGCCUAGAAUCACUGUCAAACCCGCGGCCAAAGAUGGCGAAGACCUCGCUCUCACCGUGUCCGUCGCCCACGCGCAGCCGCUGGCUGCCUCCUACAACGACCGGAUCCGCCCGCUGCUCGACGCUGUCGACAGGCUCCGAAACCUGAUGGUCAUGAAGGAGGGCAUCCAGCUCCCCACCAUUGUUGUCGUCGGCGACCAGUCCUCCGGCAAGUCGAGCGUCCUCGAGUCCCUCGCGGGCAUCAACCUGCCGCGAGGGCAGGGAAUUUGCACCCGUGUCCCCCUCAUAAUGCGACUCCAAGACAAUCCUUACGCCGAUCGCCCCGAGCUCUACCUUGAGUUCAACGGCAAAGUUGUCCACACUGACGAGGCCCACAUCUCGGAAGCUAUUAAUGCCGCCACCGAGGAGAUCGCGGGCCACGGGAAGGGCAUAUCGAACGCCCCGCUGACGCUGGUCGUCAAGAAAGUGGGCGUCCCGGACUUGACGAUGGUCGACUUGCCGGGAAUCACAAGAGUGCCCGUGCACGGCCAGCCCGAGAACAUCUACGAGCAGAUCUCCGAGAUGAUCAUGGAGUACAUUAGGCCUGAGGAGAGCAUCAUCCUCAAUGUCUUGUCUGCAACCGUCGACUUCUCCACUUGCGAGUCCAUAAGGAUGUCUCAAAUGGUGGACAAGACCGGCAAGAGGACUCUAGCCGUUGUCACAAAGGCUGAUAAAGCUCCUGAGGGCUUGCACGAAAAGGUUACGGCCGAUGAUGUCAAUAUAGGACUUGGUUACGUUUGUGUGAGGAACCGGAUUGGUGACGAGUCCUACGAAGAAGCGAGGCUGGAAGAGGCGAAGCUGUUCGACAUGCACCCUCAGCUGUCCAUGAUUGACAAGUCCAUCGUUGGUGUGCCUGUGUUGGCGCAAAAGCUUAUGCAGAUUCAAGCCACCAUUAUGGCCAAGUGUUUGCCCGAGAUCGUCAGGAAGAUCAACGACAAGCUGAAUGCAAACGUCGCCGAGCUUAAGAGGAUGCCCAAGAAUCUGUCCUCGGUCGCAGAGGCCAUGACAGCCUUCAUGCAGAUCAUGGGGUUGGCGAAGGAGUCGCUGAGGAAAGUCUUGCUGCGAGGCGAGUUUGAUGAGUACCCGGACGAGAAGAACAUGCACUGCACGGCCAGGCUGGUGGAGAUGCUGAACCACUACUCCGAUGAGCUCCAAAACUGCACCGAGAAUGACCCGAGGAUUAACUUUAUGUUGGAGGAAAUGGAUGUCUUGGAAGAGGCCAAAGGGAUCGGGCUCCCUAACUUCCUCCCUCGCACUGCCUUCGUCACUGUCUUGCAGCAGAAGGUGAAGCGGGUAUCGAGCAAGCCACUUAGUUUUGUGGUUCGUGUAUGGGACUACAUCGAGGGCGUUGUGAUCAGAGUGUUGAUGCGACACUCAGAGAAUUAUCCUCAGCUUCAGUCUUUGACGAGAAGAGCAGCGUGCAAUCUGAUUAACAAGAUGAAGGAGAAGGCGAUGAUUAGGAUGAUGGAAAUUGUUGAAAUGGAGAAGCUCACUGACUACACUUGCAACCCUGAGUACAUGUCGGAGUGGAACAAAUUGAUGUGCCAGCAGGACAUGUUCAUGGAGGCGAUCAACGAUGAGUCGAAGCCUAGCAACAUUGUCCUCCAGGGGAUCGGGGAAGUUGACGUGGGCAAUCUCAGGCAUCGAAAGCAGCUUAUUCAGCAGGCGUUCGAUCUGAAGAUGAGGAUGAUGGCAUACUGGAAGAUUGUGCUGAGGAGGUUUGUCGACUCGAUGGCACUGCAUCUGCUGUUCAGCGUGCAGAACUUGGUUAAUAAGGAGAUGGAGAUGGAGAUUGUGGGCGAGCUGAUCGGGCCCAACGGCAGCGGUGGCAUCGAGAGAAUGCUGGAGGAAGCGCCAGCGGUGGCAGCGAAGCGCGAGAAGCUGAACAGGAGCAUCAAGCUCUUGAGGGAGUCUGCAGAGGUGGUCUCCAAGAUAAUGGACCGGAUCGCCACGGAUGGCGACUACAAUGAUUGAUGACAAGUAGUUCCGCUAGUUUGGUAGAUCAUGAUGAAUGUCGAAUCUGGUGUUGUGACUUUGGCGUAGUGUUUUUCAACGGAAUUAGCUCUAUUUGUCAUUUAACUUGAAUUCCAUCGUCCUAUUUCUUGUUUUACUGGAGGACCUGUUAUUUUA